CUCCUAGCAGUGAGAGUUUUGGCGCAGGCAAGGGCUCUGGCCUUGGCUCGGGCUUUGGCCCACGGUUCGGCUCCCACCAUCGCGCUUACGCCAGCUCCGUAUAUCCGCCUGUGCUUGAGCGCACAGGUGCUGCGCAGGUAUCGUUGCUAUACACUUGCACAAAUUACCUUUGGUGACAGGCCGCGGAAGCCUGCAACUCAAGCCAAGUCGACCAUUGUCGCUCAACACAAUGUUUUGCACGGUGCUGACGCUGCUCGCCUUGUCGAGCCCGCUCUGCAUUAAGGAUGAUGGACCGCCCGAGUUCUGCCACGACCUUGACUGCCCCAAAUACACCGUGAAGGACUUGUCGCUUGGCCCCGAUGUGGAGCUGCGUUCGUAUGAGGCAGGCGUAUGGGUGUCCACUAACGUCCAGGGGGUGCACUACGACAAGGCCGUCGGCACGGGCUUCAUGCGCCUGUUCGCAUACAUCAGUGGCGCCAACGAGGACAUGAAGAAGAUCCCCAUGACUGCCCCUGUGCGCGUGGAGCUCACCCCCGGCCAGGGCCCAUUCUGCGAGGACCACUUCAAGGUGUCGUUCUUCGUGCCCUUCGACAUGCAGGAGUCCGGCCCGCCCGCCCCCGUGGACAGCACCUUGUUCGUGGACCCCGCCGCCGCCACUGACUACUACGUGCUGUCGUACCCCGGCCGUACGAACGAGAAGGAGAUCAUCGAGAAGGCCACCAGCCUCGUGCAGGCGCUGGACGAGCAGAAGCUUCCGUACGACUUCUCGUCCUUUUUUGCGGCCGGGUACGACAGCCCCUUCCGCAUCUUCAACCGCCACAACGAGGUGUGGGUGGCGGCGGGCGCGCAGCCCGCGGCGGUGGCGGCAGAGGCGGCAAAGUAGCUGUAUGCUUAGCGGAGGUGACGAUUUGGACGUGCUGGCUGUGUUGGCUGUGUUGGCUGUGUAGCUGGCUAUGCGCGAGCUGUAGUUGUGGUUGAGUAAGGAGUGGAGUCGUAUGUAGUGACGGUUGAGUAUGUGGUGCGACCUGUGCGUACGGCGCUGAGCGAGCAAGGCCGCGCCAGGUCACUGCCCGCCGGGUGUAACGGACGACGAAGGUAGGCGACGUGACAAAGCAGGGAAGCAAGUAAGGCCGUGGCGGCCAGUCAGCCAGGGGAGGUGGCGGCUACCGCCGAGGUGCUGCUUUAUCUGUACUCCUGGACUGGAGCUGACCCCUCGCCUUCCGCAUUGUCGCAAGCCGUUGUCGGCACGUGUCUUUCACUGGCAGCCAUCGGCAGCGGCAGCGCUUAGUGGGGCACUCACCACUGUGAGACUUGGGCUUGUGUGAACUUCGGCCCCCGGUGGCAGCCCGGCAGCCCCGGUGCAAAGCCUCGCCUGUCGCACACGCCUACUGAUGUGGUCUCGCCGGUGAUAUGGCUGAGAAGCAGGCUCCAAAUCCCCGCGCCCCUGCUGAGGACGCAUAAUAACACGGCAACAUCCUAGAGGCUGAAGGAGUGAAGUAUGGAACGGCGCAGGGAGCACGCACGAAUUGAGCAAUCCAAUCC